UGGAGAAAUCACAUCCGGAUCAGAUGUUUGCCAUGUUUUCCCUCUGUUGCCUCUCAGUUUAGUUUCAGAUUCAGUCUUCACCAGUUUACCUCAGUUAUUUUCUUGCUGUCAUGUCUCGGGGGUCAAGUGCAGGGUUUGACCGUCAUAUCACAAUCUUCUCUCCGGAAGGAAGGCUCUACCAAGUCGAGUAUGCCUUCAAAGCCAUCAACCAGGGAGGACUGACCUCUGUAGCACUCAGAGGGAAGGACUGUGUUGUGAUCGUCACACAGAAGAAAGUCCCUGACAAGCUGUUGGAUGACUUGACAGUCACACAUCUGUUCAGAAUCACAGAAAACAUUGGUUGUGUUAUGACCGGCAUGACUGCUGACAGCAGCUCUCAGGUACAGAGGGCCAGAUAUGAAGCAGCUAACUGGAUGUAUAAGUAUGGCUAUGAGAUCCCUGUGGACAUGUUGUGUAAACGCAUGGCUGACAUCAGCCAAGUCUACACACAGAAUGCUGAAAUGAGGCCGCUAGGAUGUUGUAUGAUAGUGGUCGGACUGGAUGAAGAGUUGGGUCCACAGCUGUAUAAGUGUGAUCCAGCCGGCUACUACUGUGGCUUUAAGGCCACCGCAGCUGGGGUCAAGCAGACAGAGGCCACCAGCUUCCUGGAGAAGAAAGUCAAGAAGAAGCUGGAUUGGACCUAUGAGCAAACUAUAGAGACGGCUAUCUCAUGUUUGUCAACCGUACUGUCAAUUGACUUCAAGCCCUCAGAGCUGGAGGUGGGAGUUGUCACUGCACAGGAACCUAGAUUCAAGAUUCUGUCAGAGUCUGAGAUUGACACUUACCUGGUGGCUUUGUCUGAGAGGGAGUGAAGACAGUUGGCUGCCAUUUUGCAGCCGUCGUCAUCGCAUACUCUGAAAAGUAUGAUGAAUGGUAAAACCAGAAAAGACCCCACCUCCCUCACACAAAGGUCACAUCUAGAAGGAAGAUAAAAGGAGGAGCUGGUAUCAUCUUGUUCAGAAGAAGUGCACAACACUGUGAGGUUGAGACAACACCAUAUGGAACAGUUUGGUCAUUUUAUACCAGGUGGGUAGACUGUUACCCAGCUGCACCAUCUGUGUUCCCACCAUCCUCCCUGGUCAUAGCCAGGACCUGACUAGAUACAAUUAUUAUCCACAUAUCGGCCCCUCCUGCAUUUUCCUUCUAGCCAUACUGAGACAUUCCCACUGCAGCCGGCCGCCAAAUGUCGCUGAGCAUGGAAAGAUGCUGGACAUUCAUAUCAGUCCACCAUAUAUGACACAUCAGCCUGAUAUGCUCCUUGGUUAGGAUGUGUCAGACAGCCAUUGACCACAGUGCCCUCUCUGUAUGCAGCUCAGCCCAAAUGACUUCAGUUGUUGAGUGUGAAAUGAGCAGACUGGAAGAUGAGGGCGUGGUAACACUACGACUUCAGCACAAUACCUCUUAAGUAUGGACUCAGUGGUCCAGUAGCAUCUUGAGUCACUGUAUUUAAAACAGUGUUUCCUAACCAUCUUUACUCAGGGCUGCCACAACUUGUACUUUCUGAAUCUGUCUCAUUUUAUUCAUCUGCCUCAAAAUCUCUCCUCUCUACUGUCUUGAGCUCCAGGAUGAUGUUCAUGCUCUGAUGUACUUUGUGAUAACCCAGGGAACAGCUGUGGGAAUUCUCCUGUUGUGACAGUCAUCAUUCUCAUGCCCCUGUUUAGGUCUGCUCAGGUCAAUGUCAAUGGGAAGUCACCAAUUAUUUCUUUAUCUCCCUUGUGUCUGCCCCCCCCCGCCAUUGCUGUACCUGACUGCCUUUCUAUUAAAAACAAUGUUUUUAUUGAA